AUGUUUACUGGCCUGGUUGAGACCAUCGGAAGUAGGUCUGUCGUGGUCUACCAAUAUAUUCAACAUGAACUGACAUCCCUUGCUUGUAUAGCUGUCACAGCUCUAGAGCCUCUCGACACCACGUCAAGUGGGGGCGGGGGUACUUCGCUGACUAUCUCCGACUGUGAAGAGAUCCUUACCGAUGCUCAUCUGGGGGACAGUAUCGCCGUCAAUGGGACAUGCCUGACUGUCACCGCUUUUGAGAAAGGCUGGUUCAAGGUCGGCUGUGCGCCGGAAACACUGCGAAGAACAAAUCUUGGAUCUCUGAAGGCUGGGUCCAAAGUGAACCUCGAGCGCGCAGUCUCUGCCGAUACUCGAAUGGGUGGUCACUUUGUUCAAGGUCACGUUGACACCGUCGCGACGAUCCUAUCCGUGACGCCAGAUGGCAACGCCCUGGUGUUCCGCCUGCAGCCGCGUGACAAGGAUGUGCUGCGCUACGUCGUCGAAAAGGGAUACGUCACUCUUGACGGCGCUAGUCUGACGGUCACAAAAGUAGUCGACGGAGCUGAGGGAUACUGGGAGGUGAUGCUGAUUGCCUAUACGCAAGAGAAGAUCGUCACUGCGAGCAAGAAGCCUGGCGAGGAAGUGAAUGUGGAAAUUGAUAUCGUCGGGAAAUAUGUCGAGAAGAGCGUUCAAGGUUACUUUGCCGGCACAUCCGGUGGAGAUUUCGCCAUAUUGGAGAAGAUGGUGUCCCGUCUCGUUGACGAGAAGUUGAAACGCUGA